AUGCAUCUUUCCGUUCGACAACCACGGAAUACAAACUACGAGGAAGACAUCGUUUACGUGACGAAACACAACAAAUGGGUUCUGAGUACCAUCGGCAUGUGGCCCACUGUAGUAAAAGGAAUCGGAAAGUUUGUACCAAAAAUUAUAAUAGGUCUGAGUAAUUUCGUAUCGUCUUUGAACGUACUGCAAUUUAUACUACACAUUGUACUGGAAGAAAAGAACCCUACAUUAAAAGUGAGAUUCUUAGGCCUGAUUUGUUUUGCUUCAACCAAUCUGAUGAAGUAUUGGGCUCUGAUAGCGCGCAAAUCGAAUAUCGAAUACUGUAUCGAACAGGUGCAGAUAGAUUGGAAGCAAGUAGAUUUCCAAAGAAAUCGCAUACUGAUGUUAAAAUACGGAAAGAUGGGACGAGAUCUGACCAUAUACAGUGCCGUGUUCAUGUAUGGCUCUGAAAUGUUGUACAUUACAAUCAUGCAAUAUGCAUUGGGAUCAAUGCUGAAGGAAAAUAAUCGUACAACCAGAGUGCUAGUGUACCCUACCUAUAGUGGAUUGCUCGACGUCCAAAAAAGUCCCAUCUACGAAAUCGUGUACGUUCUCCAAUGCUUGUGCACACUUUUGUUCAACUCCGUGACAGUUUCGUGUUGUGGAUUGGCUGCGCUUUUUGCAACACACGCCUGUGGACAGAUUGAUAUCGUUAUGUCUCAAUUAGAUGACCUGGUCGAUGGAAAAUUCGCCGAGAAAAAUUCUAGUCCGAACACUCGACUGACGGAAAUCGUAAAACAUCAUAUAAAAAUUUUAAAAUUUUCUACUAUGAUUGAGACGGUUCUGCAGGAAGUGUGCUUUUUCGAAUUCGUUGGUACCACGUUGGUAGUAUGCUUCCUCGAAUAUUAUUGUCUAACGGAUUGGCAAAGCAAUAAUAAAAUUGGUGUGGCAACAUACUCGAUGCUACUGGUAUCCUUGACGUUCAAUAUGUUCUUGUUAUGCUACAUUGGUAAUCUUCUACUUGAAAAGAGUUCUGACAUCGGAAUAUCUUGCUAUAUGAUUGACUGGUACCGCUUACCACCUAAAACAGUUCAAGAUCUUAUGUUGAUCAUCGCUAUGUCGAACACUCCAGUGAAAAUUAGCGCCGGCAGAAUAUUUCUUUUAUCCUUGCCUACUUUCGGAAAUGUAGGUUUUUACAAAUAUUUCCUUCAUGUUUUGCCUGUUCAAAAUUUACACAAAUCAACCGUUUAAUCUACCGGUGACUAAAUCUAACUUCGUCUUUGCAGAUUC